CUGUGGAGACUUGCAUCAUCCAGGACCGGGACACACGAGCUGUCCCUCGGAGAGGACACAUGGACUCAAACUGGGCACGAGUCAAACUGCAGCACGUGUGAACUCUAAAGCUGAAGCUCCGCCCCCUUGUCAUUUCGGACCCUUUGAUCACUUUUCUUUUCUUUUAUAAGCGGCGCGUGGGCUUCCGGGACUCAUCAGUCCAUCUAGGGUCGCGGAUCAGGACCAGGACCAGCAUCCAGGUGUUGAGCAAAGUGCCAGGUCCUGUCAGAGACACCGAUAUGAGCUGUGGAGACCUUUAGCUGCUGCUGAUCGCCUUUUCCACUUUUCUUUACCUCCUCAUUUUUAAGUUAAUUAUUGAAGUUUUGCGCCAAAGAUGUCGUGCCUUUUAUUAGGAGUCAUACGAAGGCAAGGAUGUGUUGGGACAAGUGUCGGGGUCCGAUCCCUGGCCUCUAUCCCCUCACUUCCGCCGGCGGUGGCUGACUUUGUGAAGGGAGCGGUGGAUGAGUGUAAACCCACCAACGUCCACGUGGUGACUGGGACUCCGGAUGAAACGACCAACAUCCUCGCCGGUCUAGAGAGGGACGGAAUGAUCAAGAGGCUUCCCAAAUACGAGAACUGCUGGUUGGCACGCACAGACCCAAAGGACGUGGCCCGAGUGGAGAGCAAAACUGUGAUUGUAACCAAGAACCAGAGAGACACAAUCCCCAUCCCAGCUGACGGGGCGAAGAGCCAGCUGGGUAACUGGAUGAGCGAGUCGGAUUGGCAACGAGCCAGACAGGAUCGCUUCCCCGGCUGCAUGUCAGGUCGGACCAUGUACGUGAUUCCCUUCAGCAUGGGUCCGGUCGGCUCCAUGCUCAGUAAAUAUGGUGUCCAGGUGACGGACUCGCCGUACGUUGUGGCCAGUAUGGGCAUCAUGACGCGUAUGGGCGCUCCUGUUCUGAAGAAGCUAUCUGAAGGAGUGGAGUUUGUUCGCUGCCAGCACUCUGUGGGACGACCUUUACCUCUCCAAGCUCCUCUGGUCAACUCUUGGCCCUGCAACCCCGACAAGGUCCUGAUAUCUCACCUGCCAGACACCAGGCAGAUUCUGUCCUUCGGCAGCGGUUAUGGAGGAAACUCGCUCCUCGGGAAGAAGUGCUUCGCCCUCCGAAUCGCCUCACGAAUCGCCAAGGAUGAAGGCUGGCUGGCUGAGCACAUGCUGAUCCUGGGAAUCACCAACCCUCAGGGAGUGAAACGUUACGUAGCGGCAGCCUUCCCCAGCGCCUGCGGUAAAACCAACCUGGCCAUGAUGAAACCGUCCCUGCCAGGCUGGAAGGUGGAGUGCGUGGGCGACGACAUCGCGUGGAUGAAGUUUGACAGCCAAGGUAAACUCAGGGCCAUCAACCCGGAGAACGGCUUCUUCGGCGUCGCUCCGGGCACCUCGGACAAAACCAACCCUUACGCCAUGGCCACCAUUUCCAGAAACACGGUGUUCACCAACGUUGGGGAGACGAGUGACGGCGGUGUGUGGUGGGAGGGGCUUGACGCACCCAGCUCUGGAAUAUCACUCACAGACUGGCACGGCAAAACCUGGAAAGCAGGAAGUUCGACGCCUUGCGCCCACCCCAACUCCCGCUUCUGCGCCCCAGCGGCCCAGUGUCCCAUCAUUGACCCCCAAUGGGAGAGCGAGGAGGGAGUUCCCAUUGACGCCAUCAUCUUCGGAGGCAGGAGGCCUGAAGGAGUUCCUCUGGUCUACGAGUCUUUCAACUGGCAGCACGGAGUGUUUGUCGGAGCUGCAAUGAGGUCCGAGGCCACGGCAGCUGCGGAACAUAAAGGCAAAGUGAUCAUGCAUGACCCCUUCGCCAUGCGGCCGUUCUUCGGCUACAACUUCGGCGACUACCUCGCUCACUGGCUGAGCAUGCAGAGCCGAAAGGCCCCCACGCAUCUGCCCAAGAUCUUCCACGUCAACUGGUUCAGAAAGGACCCGUCCACCGGCGCCUUCCUCUGGCCCGGCUUCGGCGAAAACGCCCGCGUGCUGGAGUGGAUCUUCAAUCGCUGCAGCAGAGAGCGGGACGACGAGGCGGCCAAGAAGAGCAUCAUCGGCUGGGUGCCGCAAGACGGCGCCAUCGACACUAAAGGCCUCAGUGGCAACGUGGAUAUGGGGGCCCUGUUUAACGUCCCCAAACCGUUCUGGCAGAACGAGGCCAAGGAGCUGAGAGCCUACUUCACUCAGCAGGUCGGAGCUGAUCUGCCCGCUCCGGUGGAGGCCGAGCUGAAGGCGCUGGAGGACCGAGUGCACAGUUAGACGCCAGGAAGCUCAUCAGGGUACAACCAGAACCACCGACUGGAGUUAUACGCACAGAGAAGCGUCGUGAAAAGCAGGUUGAGAUGACGGACCGGCCCGUCUUUACGGUCAUCGAGAAACAUUUAGCAAUCGGAGCAAACAGAAACCUGUUUUUCUUAUUCGGUGCCAAACUUCCUCUGUGCUUAUAAUCAGUCCGUGAUCCUGGAUCUGUUCUGUACGAAGGAAAAGUCUCGUAGCAACAUUUUGAACACGUCGCACUAAAGCUGCGCCCCGGGAGCCACUGGUGGUUGGAGCGAGCCUCGACUCUCAGCGUGAAGAUUAGAUCUGAUGACAGAAAAGCUAAAGUCGCUACCUCCAUCCUUUCACCGUCAGCGUGCAAACAACCUUCUAGUGCCUUUUAAAUAAUCCAGGUCUGUUGGUGUUUACACGCUGAAGACCAAAGAUCUCCAAGUCAGAGCCAACUUUUUACACUUUAGAAGCCUUAAAACAGUUUUAACGUUUAAACACUAUCAUCUCAUGAAAUUAUUAUUUUUUUUUAUUGCGCUCUCCAGAUUUUCGACUUCUGCGACGUUUGUAAUUAAACUGUAUAAUUCCAGCUGAUGUUUACACACAAUUUGUGGAGAAUUGGACCAAUGCCAGCCACCGAGGUUAUCAGGUGCUUUAAAAAAGUUUUUUUUUUAACGCGGUGCAAUGAAUGAAUAUGGUCAAACGUGGAAACAAUGACUUGUUUUUACUGUAACUUGAAUAAUAAAAGGUGGUGCCUUCUGAAAGUUUCA